AUGUCUCCUGACGAUGUCUACAAGAUUGAGGAACUUCCCUUUGAUGAACGAAUCUUGGUUGGAAGUAAACACCGUAUCAGCUUCUAUCGGGUUACGCGAGCAGCCAUUUGGAUUGCCUUGCUCUACCUUACUGCUCGGCUUUAUUUCUUGCUAACCAGUCCCGAGCCAACAUGGAGGAUGUGGACGAUGUUUGUCAUUGAGUGCUUGUUCUCUCAUAUGUCUUAUCAGCAUCAAGCUUUGUCACUGUCAGCAACAGCAUCCCCUUCGCAUCUCCCACGAAAGCGUCUGAGGUUGCGUAACAGCCAUGUUCUUCCCACGGUCGAUGUUCUGAUCACAUGCUGCGGAGAAUCACCAGACAUCAUCUUAAGCACGGUUGUUGCGGCUUGUUUGCUAGACUACCCGACUUCGCAUUUUCGAGUCCGAGUCCUUGAUGAUGGCGCGUCGACUGAACUCCGUGACGAAAUUUUGAAACUUUCCGUGAAAUGGAACCACUUGACUUACCACACUCGCGGAAAACAGUCGAAUCAAUCUUUUGCCAAAGCAGGGAAUUUGAACUAUGCCCUUUUCUCAUUGCAAACUGAGGAUCCACCAGAAUUUUGUACAGUGGUAGACGCGGAUUCAAUUCUGCUACCACAUUUCCUACGCGCAACAUUACCUCAUCUGCUAGAAGACCCCCAAGCUGCAUUGCUCACCACUCGUCAGUACUUUGAUAACCUGCCCCGAGGCGAUCCACUUUCUCAAUCCCGCUCCUAUUUCUACAAUUGUGAAAACACCGAGCUUGAUUUGAUCGGACAUGCAGUUGACGCUGGAUCUGGAGCCGUGUUUCGACGCGAUGCCAUUUUAGAAGCAGGGGGCUAUCCAACAUUCUCCUUUUCGGAAGACUGGCAACUUUCGCUCAUCCUACGAGGUAUGAAGAAGCGCACUGUGCAGGUGCAAGAAGUGUUGCAAUUUGGCCUGGUUCCUACCUCGUUGGCAGCACAUGUCAAACAGCGCAAUAGAUGGCACAUUGGUCAUUCUCAACAAAUAUCUUUGUUGUUUUCCCCAUCGGAGAACCCCGUCCCAAAAGAUCUGCGCUGGGAUAUUGCUGCCGGAGGUUUGUCUAUAAUGACAGGACUAGCGAUAUACGUCAUUGGCUUCUUGGCUGUCCCCGUUCUUUUAUCGUUCAACAACGGCGGAUUCAUUCCGAGUCAAUCCUCCUUCGAGGUCAAACUUCAAUAUGUGUUGGCUAGUCUGCAUGUAUCAUUCACAUGGACAUAUAAUUGGUCGAGGAGCAAACAUGCUGGUGUUCCUUUCGUUCCUUUCGCACAUACAGAGAACAGCUGGCUUGCUGCUGCGCAUUUAUAUGCUGUCAUCCAGUUCCACUCAUUUGGGAGCAAACCAAAAGGCUCUUUCGUGACGGGAAGUGCGGCCAAUCGAAGUGAAGAUACACAGCCCGUGAGCUUGGCUGCAAGGUCAUACCAAGAUGUACUAGCAAAUGGGCUUUGGUUGAACUUGUGCUUGUUCAUUGCAAUAUGGGCCCGUAUACUUAUUGCCAUCCAGCUGUUGUCAUGUUCUCAUGGUGAUGUUACUGGCCGACUUCUCGAAACAAUGGUUACCACUAUUUUUUGGCCACCGUUCUUGAUAUUGAUGUUGUCUGCAAUAUCCAACAACUGGGUACCAAUUCAAUAUCUUUUAACAACUCCAGUCUACCAUGCACGAUCUUCUCCUUUGAUUGCCGUUGAGGACAGGGUAUCGUCCAUGAAAGAGACUAUUCCACCGUUGGGCUGCGAGCCUUCUAUCGUUGGUCGAGCAUGUGCCGUCGGGCUUCCCGUGAUUAUUAUUGGACUCGCUGCCGCAAUGCUUGCAUUGUAA